AUACUCAUCUCCACUUCACGUCCACUUGCUCUUAUCCAAUAAAGUACUCUCGUCCAUCGAUAUUUACUCUGUAUGCCUGCCUGGACAAUAAUUUCGCCGAAAAACCCAGUGAACGAUCCGGAGGGUCAUCCAAUGCGGAUCAACGUAUACCGGGUGAUGAAAGCUGUCUAUCAUAUCUUAGACCCAUCAAACGAACCGAGUUCCACGAUUGAUGAAGUAAAGCACAUCGCAACCCUCGAAUACGCACUCUCGCAAGAAAAGGAGGGUCCUCCUGAAAUAUCAAGCCUCGUCAUCCAUCUGCGCCUUUCCGCACAGACUGAUACACGCUUUGAUGUUGUGCUGCAUGACUCGGACAUGCAGAUCAAAGACAAGGUACAGAACACGUGCAUUUCGCUCCCUGGAGAGCUUGCCCUGGUUCUGAUGGACAUCUCCUGGUUCAUUCGCGAGUUCGUCAUCAGAAGGUCAGCUAUCGAGUGGACACCAGGUCCGGACUGCCGUAGGAUAUGGGAACAGAUCCAAGAGGAGAAAUACAAUCAGCGUGUUUCACAGCAGGAGACUGCUGGUGGCACAGACACCAGUAGAAUCGGAUGCUCUUCAUGCCCCACCGGUCGCUGCAAAAACUGUAAGGUCGUAUCGUGUUGGUCGGCCAAUUGCUGUGAAUCUUCCGAACCCCCAAUCGUACGGUGCGCUAAGCAUGAAAACAAUGUUUUAUGCCUUCCGUGCCUCGAAGAGCAGGGGUCCAAGAGAGAGCUAGAGAAAUGUCCUGCGUGCAAAUCUUGGUGCUGUCCCAGGGAUAUGAGAAAGUGUAUCGGUUAUCCCGUUACCAUCCCUUCGGUUUCUCAUGCAUCCUCUCCUAAUCACUUCCAGCAUAUAAUGACUAUCUACCUCCAAACAGCUAAAGUCCACCCUCUCAAGUACGGUUCUUGUGGCCAAUGCGAGCUUCCUGGCUGGCGGAGAUGUCCAGGUAACUUCUGUUGGUCAAAGCACAAUGCGAUCUGCCCGGAAUGCACCAGCGGUGGUAUCAUGUGUGCGUGCCAGGAAGUGUGGGCAUGUGGUGUCUGUGCGGAGCACGAUGGCAGCAUCUUUAUUCGUUGUCCGCGCUGUGACAGGCGGUUCUGCACCUCAUGCACCUAUAUCGACCAAUGCAUGUCGUGCGCCCAUGUUACCCUCUGCUAUGACUGCGCUGAAGAAACGUCGGAGGUGGGUGAUGGGGUAGUAGAAAUGUUUGUUACACUCGCCGCAACAUGCGACAGCUGCGGGAAGAAGGUGUGUAGUCGCUGCGCGCCACAUAUAGGCCGGUGGUCUUCAUGCCUGGGGUGCUUGGCGAUGGAGAACCGUCGUACUGGACGUGCAGAUACCCAAUACCACGUCCCACAUCAUACAACACGAUUGUAAUUCACAGGUCGCUCCAUGCAUAUGAGAACAGAACGUCUGAUUCCGCGGAAGCAAUUCGCGUGACUCCCAUGGAUGUGCCCCAGUUGAGCUCCACUGUUCCCUGUUUGUGUUGUAUAAUUUGUGUAUGAUGCACCUCUUGUCAUAGCUUGCUGCUGUGUUGCUGGUAGUACGCCUCUGCGGCAGUCAGCCCUUUCCAUGCUGUCAUCUCCUGUGUUGAAGCGCCCAUCUUGUACAUACCGUAUUCUCAGGAAACCUAUUCCCUCAAAAUUAAACAUUUGUUUGCUUCGA